CAGGCCUCUUUGUAGAUCGUCUUGGUGUGCACGAGCCAUUGACGCCGUACGCCUGGGCCACAUCUAUCCGCCCAAGCAGGGCUAUGUAUCGACUUUACACCGAACACCUCAAUACACAGCAACGUCACACCUCGCGCGCGUUGUAGUACGCACUCGUCCACGACAUCCACGACCCCACGAUUUCUCCAAUUUCUCCCACUCACUGGGGUCCCCCUUCUCCCGCCUAAACCCGCCGUCACCGUAGCACGAACAACAACACCUCAAGAUGAACACGGGAAAGCGGCAGAAGCAGCGCAAGGUGCUGCUGAUGGGCAAAUCCGGCGCGGGCAAGUCGUCGAUGCGGAGCAUCGUCUUCAGCAACUAUGUGGCCAAGGACGUGCGGCGGUUGGGCGCCACCAUCGACGUCGAGCACAGCAACAUCAAGUUCAUGGGGAACCUCAUGCUGAACCUGUGGGAUUGUGGAGGACAAGACGGCUUCGUCGAAAACUACCUGACGCACCAACGCGCGCACGUCUUCUCCUCCGUCGCCGUCCUCAUCUUCGUCUUCGACAUCGAGUCGCGCGAAUUCGCAGCCGACGUCAUCUCCUACUCGAGCAUCAUCCGGGCGCUGCAGGAAAACUCCCCCUCGGCCAAGGUCUUCGUGCUCAUCCACAAGAUGGAUCUCGUCCAGGCGCGCCUGCGGCAACAGCUCUUCGAGGAGCGCGCCGAGUACAUACGCGCGGCGUCCGAGGGGUUCAAGGACACGGUCGAGUUCUGGGCGACGAGUAUCUGGGACCAGAGCCUGUACAAGGCGUGGACGCAGAUCAUCUACUAUCUGAUCCCCAACGCGGGCAGCAUCGAGGCCUUGCUGCGGCAGCUGGCCGAGGUGAUUGAUGCGCGGGAAUUGAUCCUGUACGAGCGCACGACGUGCCUCACCGUGACGCACGUGACGCGGGGGCUGGAGGAGCGGAACCCCUUCACGGACCGCUUCGAGCGCAUCUCGAGUAUCCUCAAGACGCACAAGCAGAGCAUGGCCAAACACACCAACCUCCCGCCCAACAUUGCAAACUUCGCCGAAAUGCAGAUCAAGACGGGCCGCUUCAUGUUCUUCAUCACGCGCCUGACGGAAAACACGAACCUGGCGGCCGCCAUCCCGCCCUCGGAGCAGAUCUUCAACGCCGCCCGCGUCAACAUCUCGCUGGUGAGGCCACGGUUCGCCGAGCUGGAUAUCGGGAGCGCGAAGGCGUCGGCGAGGGGUGGGAUUCAGCAGGCUUUUGCGUCGUCGGGGAUGGGGGCGGUGGAAGAUGGGAGGAGGAGGGAUGGGGAGGGGGAGAGUGGCGGUGUGGAGUAGAUGAUGGAGGAUGGGGAGUAAUGGAGUCGAUUAUGGGCGUGGGAAGAGGGUAGGUGCUGUUUCAGGUUAGGUGUAGGUGUUUUCGGUGAUUGUGCAUGGUUUUUCUGGUUUGAACGGGUUUUUUCGGGACUGGUAUAUUGUGAUACCCAUGCAUUUCCUUUUCCUUUUCCUUUUUCUUCAUCUUCCUUCUUCUUUCUUUGACGUGGGCGUUCAAAGGGCCCAUCAUAGAGGUACGCAUGCAGGACGGGAUUUCCACGAGGGUUGUGAUAUCGUGUACAAGUAAGUAGGGCGCUGGGAAAUAUAUACGGGUCUCUCCUGCUCGUUUUGCCAGUGGUACACAUGUGUAUACAGCUGAUCUUAGUAAUUAGCGAUGAUUAUUACAUAGGACUGAG